AUGGACCCGUUGGAUGACGGGGAAAAUAUUCGACACCUGAAAUGCGUCUUAGUUGGUGACGCUGCGGUCGGGAAAACAUCGCUUAUUGUUUCCUACACCACAAAUGGUUACCCAAAACAAUACAUUCCAACAGCAUUUGAUAAUUAUUCUGUAUUGGUAAGGGUGGAUAAUCAACCAAUACGUCUACAACUUUGUGAUACUGCUGGAAAGGCCGGAUUCGAUUCUUUGCGACCAUUUACCUAUCCGGAUACAGAUGUGUUUCUGUUAUGCUUCAAUGUCAUGCUGCCCAGUACUCUUCGUUCAAUUACCGAUCACUGGAUACCGGAAAUCAAUAAAACGAUGCCUAAUGCACCUGUAAUCCUCGUUGGUACUCAGUCAGAUUUGAGAGCAAAUGUCAGUUUGGUGAUUGAUUUAUGCAAAAAUGGUGAACAACCGGUUAGUGAAUCAAAAGCGCGAAUGUUAAGCGAAGAUUUAUGUACCGAUUAUUUGGAGUGUUCCGCCCUAACACAACAAAACCUUAAAGAAGUUUUCGACGCAGCGAUAUUGACAGCAUUACGCAGUAAAUCAUCCAAUACUACCACUUCGUAUGCUACGAAAAUUACCAAUAUGAUACGUUUAACACGUGAACCACGCGGUAUUUUCUCCAAUGGUAAUAAUAGUAAUGAAAAAGACGAGAAAAAAUCAAGCCGAAUUAGGCAAGGCUUCAAAAGGUUUGUUACGUUAACAAAAAGGCUUCUCUAA